CCCCUGCAUGUGUGUGCCAGGGCUGUUGUGAACUGCACAGAGUCUGGCUGUUGCUGAGAUCACAUUGCCUUCCCAGGACUGUCCAAGAGGCCUACAGACAGGCGGAGUGAGAAAGUUCAUGUGUGCCUCUAACAAAAAACAAUUGUCACUCCUACUAAAUGCGUAGGCAGCUGUCAAUAAGUAGCAUGGACUAACAAGCUGUCCACCCGCCAGCCUCACUCCCUCCUGCCUUUCCUAACAAGCUGUCAACCUCCUGGUGUUCACCAUAGCUGGAAUAUCUCCCCAGGGCAGCCUUAGCCCAGCCUGCCUUUGCUGGCAGCAGUGCAGCAUAUGUUGGCCCCAAAGCCUUCUUGGGGCAGGAGGGGGAGGAGAGGAAGCAGCACCAAACAGACACUGUCACAUUGGUCCAGAGGGGCUCAGAGCUGGUGAAUGGAAUAGAGCAUCUACUCUUUCCCUGUUGGCAUCACGGCUUUUUUCUAAUGCAAAUGUGACUCUUCUUUUUGAGAUGGAGGUCUUUGUUUACUUAGCACCAAGGAGAUGAGCCACUCCAGAAGUCCAGGGCACAAUGGCCCAUUGACCAUCACCCCGAGUCUGGAGCCCAGGAAACUUGUAAAUCGAACAGACUGUGUGACUUUGUGCAUGGCAGGGACUGGACCUAAUGCCCUGUAUUCCUGUCCUGCCAUCCUCACUGCUGCCCUUGGCCAGCUGCCACUCUGGCACUGUGGCCACCUUUGAGGCUGCUCGUGUUUGGCCUUGGGCUUUCAGGGCUGGUUGGCUCAUCAUGACAGAAGAGUGACAGCUGAUGCUGAUGUUGGUUGUUAGAGUGCCCUGGGGACUCCGUAGGACGUGAUGGGGUUCCCCAGCUGAACAGAGGCAUUCAGCAUCUUCCCAGGGUUCUCCAGAUGCUCUAAACUCUGUAGUGGACUAUUUUGGCUAUGAUCAGGGAGAAGGACAGCUCUUCACCCUGGCCCUGGACCAGUAGUGGUCUUGGGCAGUUCUGGAGUGUUCCUCACAGUGCCAACAGCUGUGGUGGUGAUUGUCCUUCCAGACUAGUAGGAGCACAGUUUUGGAGGGGUCUGAGGCUGCUGGUGGUGCAAUGGGCCAUUCCUCAGCAGGCUCAUAUGGGCCCAAAUGACCCUCAGCCCUUCUCCCUUUGAGGCCUCAUGCAUGGGUUUGUCACCCAAGGUCACCUUGCUGUUGAAGUACUGGUUACAGCCAUCUGUGGGAGCCCUCUGAGUUGUCGGACUGUUCUGCGGUGUGUGUUGUGCCAGAGCAACUGGCAACAUGACCUCUGUGCCCUGGGCUUGGUGAGUCUGUCAGGGCAGGGGCUGGCCCUGGGCCCUUUGCUCUGCAUGGAGAGGAAGAUUGCUUCAAGGAGAUGUGGGUCUGGGGGAGCAGAGAGGUGCCCCAACACUUGCACACAGCCCCAUCUCUGAAGGCUGGCACGUUGACUUGCUGGUGGCAUUUGGGUCAGUGAGGUCAGGUGAAUUCCAGCAAUGGCCCUCAUGACCUCUGAAGGGUCUGUUCUGUAGCACUGUGAGAACAGGGAGGGCUGAGGAAAAUGUGUGGUGGUUGCAUAUGGAAAGUUUUAACCAGCGAGGCUGUGGAUUUCAAGCGCACCUUUUGGCAUGGUGGCAGAGCACCUUCACCUGUUGGUUGAUGGGGUUUUUGCUUGGUAGGGUGCAAAAUGGCAGGACUGGUCUCCUGUCUCCAGUGCACUGUCUCAGUUCCCCUGUGUGGCCUAAUUCUAGAUUUAUCCCAGCCUUUACUCCAGUGUGUAUUUUAAUGCUCACUUUGUGAUCUGUGAGGUCUUGCUUCUCAGCAGCUGGAGAUCCUGCCCCUGAGCAGGGGGGCUGAGGCCAGGGAUUUGGGUUUGGCUUGGAAGGACUUCCAGGUCUCAACACCUGGGCCAGACAGCUGUAGGCUGAGGCAGCUUGUCACCUCCUGAGGAUAGAUUAACCAUGGUGGGAAAGGCUUGGCAGGGCUGCCACGACCCCUGUAAGUUUAGGGCACCAGCUGUCUUGCAGGAUUUAAAAUAGGCUUUUAGUCUGACUUAUCCUGAUCCCUCCCUGCUGUCCUUGGGAUUUUGCUUCUGAUCCACUGCUCUUCUGUGACAGCAGCCACUUGGCAGCAAACCCGCCUCAUGGCUGCAACCUUGUGCUCCUGCUUCUGCAACCAGCAGCUUAGAACUGUGUCCGCCUUUGCAGAGAUCAGAACUGCAGCAAGUUUUGCUGUUAAUGGUACCCUUGAGGAGAUUAGAAAUCCUGCAGCAUGAGAUGGAGAAGUUAGGGAGAUUCUGGGAGUAUGGAGAGGAGGCUGUGAGAGAAGGGUGAUUUCUGGUAGCUUUUGGGAGAAGUUACAGAGCUAUGAAACAGUACAGUCUCACAAUGGGGACCUAGGGCUGGCCUGAAGACGAGGCACGGCAGACUGGUUUGGGGUGAGCAAAGACAGCGACGCUACUCAGAAAUGGCAGAGGAAGAGCCUCCGCCACUGCAGCCUGCGCUAUGGGAAGCUCAAGCCUCAGGUCAUCCGGGAGAUGGACUUGCCCAGUCAGGACAAUAUUUCUCUGACAAGCACAGAGACCCCUCCUCCGCUGUAUGUGGGACCCUGCCAGCUGGGCAUGCAGAAGAUCAUAGACCCCCUGGCCCGCGGGCGAGCGUUCCGGAUGGCCGAGGACACCGACGGCUGCAGCAUCCCCCACACGCCCAUCACGCCGGGGGCCACGUCCCUCUGCUCCUUCACCAGCUCCCGCUCGGGCUUCAACCGCCUCCCGCGGCGCCGCAAGCGCGAGUCUGUGGCCAAAAUGAGCUUCCGAGCGGCCGCCGCGCUGGUGAAGGGCCGCUCUGUGAAGGACAGCACCCUGAGGAGGGCCCAGCGGCGCAGCUUCACCCCCGCCAGCUUCCUGGAGGAGGACACGGUGGAUUUCCCAGAUGAGCUCGACACUUCGUUCUUUGCUCGGGAAGGAGUCCUUCAUGAGGAGCUCUCUACUUACCCAGAUGAAGUGUUCGAGUCGCCAUCAGAAGCUGCAAUCAAAGAUGCUGAGGUGAAACCUCCAGAUCAAACAGAUCUCACAGGAGGUGCCUUGGACAAAAAUGAGCUCGAAAGAAGCCACUUACUACUCCCCCUGGAGCGAGGCUGGAGGAAGCAAAAGGAUGGGGGCCUGGCACAGCCCAAGGUGCGCUUGCGGCAGGAAGUGGUGAGCGUGAGCCCCCAGAAGCGAGGCCAGCGCAUCGCUGUCCCCGUGAGAAAGCUCUUUGCCAAGGAGAAGAGGCCCUACGGGCUGGGCAUGGUGGGGAAGCUGACCAACAGGACCUACCGCAAGCGCAUCGACAGCUACGUCAAGCGGCAGAUCGAGGACAUGGAUGACCACAGGCCUUUCUUUACUUACUGGGUCACCUUUGUGCAUUCACUCAUCACCAUCCUCGCUGUGUGCAUCUACGGCAUCGCCCCUGUGGGGUUCUCACAACAUGAAACUGUUGAUUCAGUCUUGCGAAACAGAGGGGUUUAUGAAAAUGUCAAAUAUGUUCAGCAGGAAAACUUCUGGAUCGGCCCCAGCUCAGAGGCCCUGAUCCACCUGGGGGCCAAGUUCUCCCCGUGCAUGAGGCAGGACCAGCAGGUGCACAGCUUCAUCAGUGCCAAGCGGGAGAAGGAGAAGCACUCGGCGUGCUGCGUGCGCAACGACAAGUCAGGCUGCGUGCAGACCUCGGAGGAGGAGUGCUCAUCCACGCUGGCCGUCUGGGUGAAGUGGCCCCAUCACCCCAGCACACCGAUGCUGGCAGGAAACAAGAGGCAGUUUGGCUCUGUUUGUCAUCAGGACCCCAGGGUGUGUGAGCAGCCAGCCUCGAUGGAGCCGCACGAGUGGCCAGAUGACAUCACCAAGUGGCCGAUCUGCACAAAAAACAGUGCUGGGAAUUACACCAACCACCUCCACAUGGACUGUGUGAUUACAGGCCGGCCCUGCUGCAUUGGGACCAAGGGAAGGUGUGAAAUAACCUCCCGGGAGUAUUGUGAAUUUAUGCGGGGCUAUUUCCAUGAGGAGGCAACGCUCUGCUCUCAGGUGCACUGCAUGGAUGAUGUCUGUGGGCUCCUUCCUUUCCUAAAUCCAGAAGUCCCUGACCAGUUCUACCGCCUCUGGCUCUCACUUUUCCUCCACGCUGGGAUCCUGCACUGUCUGGUUUCAGUCUGUUUCCAAAUGACGAUCCUGCGGGACCUAGAGAAGCUGGCAGGAUGGCACCGCAUCUCUAUCAUCUACCUUCUCAGUGGCAUCACUGGGAACCUUGCCAGUGCAAUAUUUCUACCCUACAGAGCAGAGGUUGGCCCUGCAGGAUCCCAGUUUGGAAUUCUGGCCUGUCUCUUUGUGGAGCUCUUCCAGAGUUGGCAAAUCCUGGCACGCCCAUGGAGGGCUUUCUUCAAGCUGCUGGCUGUGGUGCUCUUUCUUUUUGCCUUCGGCCUCCUGCCUUGGAUCGAUAAUUUCGCUCACAUUUCAGGAUUUAUCAGUGGUUUCUUCCUCUCCUUUGCCUUCCUGCCCUACAUUAGCUUUGGGAAGUUUGAUUUAUAUAGGAAACGAUGCCAAAUUAUAGUUUUCCAGCUCAUCUUCAUUGCACUCUUCUCAGGACUGGUGAUUCUGUUCUAUUUCUACCCCAUCAAGUGCGAGUGGUGCGAGUUCCUCACUUGUAUACCCUUCACAGACAAAUUCUGCGAGAAAUACGACCUGGAUGCACAGCUCCACUGACAGCAAAGACUGGCUUCUCGAGCAGGCCCUGGAGAUGGACUGUCUUUGCAUUUGCUGUGCCAGUUCCAUGGGGACAAAGCCUCUAAUCCAAUGACACUUCUAACCCUGCCCGUGGUUAAUUUAAACUGUCUCCUUAGCACUUGGCAGGCAUGGUUUGCCUUAUCUCAGAAGACUCUGAAAAACAGAACAUUUGUGCCUUGUUCAAUUGUAUUGAACCUUUUCUGCUGCCAUUAUUUUUAUUACACUAGUUUCAAUACUACAUUUUUAACCAGAGUUGUUUACUACUGCUAAGGUGGUGAUUAAAUGGUGAGGUAGCGUUUUAGCUACUGUGAAUUGUU